AUGAAAACCUGUGUCCCGCUCCUCGCUCUGUUCCUCGCCACUUUGGCCUCUGCAGAUGAAAGUGAUCACGUGAAAAUCAUUCGUCACCACCACCAAAGCCACGACGACACCUCCGACAAAAGUCAGCAUCUCAACGAGCGAGGAGUGGCGAACCAAGAAGCACUGACCAAGAAGCAGGAAUUCUUCUACAGCAUGACCAACAUGAAGUCCACGCCAUGGGACACGAGGCUUGCGAUUCGAGCUGAAAAGUGCAAAGAUUUGUGCCAGCUCAGCUCGUUUUGGGCGCAGCAAGAAGAUCGCAACUGCUUGAACAAUCCGUCAAGUGUUUGCCCCGCUUACAAGUCGGGACAUGCGUCAAUGGCCAUCGUGCUCAAUCUAGCUGAGUGCACGUGCCUCAAGAACGGCAGAAGCAGCGGUAGCUCGUAA